AUUCGUUCGCUGGUCGCUAUCCGAAGCGGCAGUAAGCGAACAUUCGCUCUUAUCCAGAAAAUGGGUCGCUUACUUAAGAUACUCAUUUUCUUAAACUUAGUAAAUUACGCGUUCGGCGAAAUACCAUGCCCGGCUAAAUGCCAGUGCAUCCGGAACGCGGUCCGAUGUCUCCACCAGGACUUGCAGGCAGUUCCGAAAACACCGACGGACGCGCACACACUGGACGUACGUUUCAACAAGAUCUUCGACAUUGCUCCAGGAGUGUUUAGUCACCUGCAUCGUCUACGUUCGUUGCUGUUAAACGACAAUCAACUGCGUGACCUACGUUCCGGAUCUUUCCAUGGAUUGCGUCGCUUGAAAUAUCUAUACUUGUAUCGUAAUCGCAUUCAGCACAUCGAUUCCGACGUAUUCCAGGGAAUGGUCCAUCUCGAACAGCUGUACCUUCACGUCAAUGAAAUACAUCAAAUCGAACCAGAAACGUUUUCCAACCUACCGCGACUGGAAAGAUUGUAUUUGCAUAACAACAACUUGAGGAAAAUUCCCCCUGGUUCAUUCCGUGGUCUGACAAGUCUGCGCAAACUUCGUCUAGACAGCAAUGCUCUAAUCUGCGAUUGCUCAAUGCUGUGGUUCGUACGUAUGCUAGGUGGACAUAGUGACAUGGAAAUCGCUGCGACAUGCUAUGAACCUGCAACUGUCACUGGCACUUCGUUAUCCGCCAUGAAGGAAGAUGACUUUAACUGCCAAAAACCUGCUAUUAUGAAAGAUCCCCAGGACGCAGUCGUUAACUUCGGCGAUAAUGCAGUGUUCACAUGCGUGGUCGCUGGAGAGCCACAACCAGAAAUAGUUUGGCUACGCGAUUCAGUCAGUGUUCCAUUAGAUACCCAUCGUUAUGAAGUAAUGAAUAAUGGCACACUGAUGGUACAUGCUGCAGAUGAAAAUGACGUUGGAAUCUUUGAAUGCACAGCUAAAAAUUCUGCCGGAGAAGUAAAAUCAAAGCCAGCCAGGAUGAUAGUUCAAACCAAAGCCGAUGAAAACGGUCACCCACUUUUCACAAUUUUACCUCGCGACAAAAUUGCCAGACUUGAUGACAAUGUAAAGUUUGACUGUGUAGCUACUGGUAAUCCUACGCCUCACAUAGCUUGGUUCUUCAAUAAGGAAAGAAUUUUACUGUCAGAUCGCAUUACAAUGAGGCACAAUGGCUCUAUGGUUAUUGAAAAAAUACAACAUACUGACGCUGGUCUAUAUACUUGUGAAGCUGAAAAUUUGAAUGGUCAUAUAUCAGCACAAGCUAAAUUAGAAGUUAUGGUUGCCCCAGCUUUUGUUGUCGUUCCUAAAGAUGAAGUUAUAACUAUUGGGGAAACAGCAGAAUUCAGAUGUACGGCUCGAGGUGUACCAAAACCGGUCAUAACAUGGUACAGAAAUACAAUGGCUUUGUCUGAAAAUGAAAAUAUCAUUAUCUCCGACGACAACCAAAACUUAACAAUUAUUCAAGUGUCGAAUGAUGAUGAUGGAUUAUAUCAUUGCAGAGCUGAAAAUUCUGAGGGACUAACAGAAAUUUCUGCCAUUCUUAAGGUUGAAAAAGCGCAGAUUAUAUCACCUAAAAUUGUACUUAGACCAGAAGACACAGAUGCAUUUAAACAGACAUCCGUUCAAAUGCCUUGUGAAGUUGAGAGUGAACCGCCAGCAUUAAUUGAAUGGAGAAAAGAUGGUACACACAUUGAACCAAAUGACAGGAUAUCAAUUUCCAUAAUAGGUAGCCUAAUAAUUAACAACGUUACGACAACUGAUUCUGGCCGUUACGAAUGUUCUGCUUUUAACGAAUAUGGUCGUGAUACAGUUUCAGCAUUCUUAACUGUUAAAGAUCAUAUUUUACCUGGCGAUGAAUAUGUAAACAUUGCUCUGACAGAAGCUACACGGGAUAUCGACCAAGCUAUUGCUAAAACGAUGGAACAAUUAUUCAAAUCUGAUAAACCCAAUGCCAGUAUUAGUGAUCUAUACAGAGUAACAAGAUUUCCAAAUGCACCAGCUAGAGCUGUUGCCCGACCUGCUGAAAUAUAUGAACGUGCACUUGACAAAGUUAAAGAAUUUAUUCAAGCAGGUUUAAAGGCGAAUUCUGUGGAGCCAUUUAACUACGAACAAAUUUUGUCUGGAGAACAUUUAGAGUUGAUUGCAAAACUUUCCGGUUGUGUUGCUCAUAGAGAGGAGUUUAAAUGUUUGGACAUGUGCUUUCAUCUGAAAUAUCGUAGUAUCGACGGCAGCUGCAAUAACUUAGCUCAUCCUACUUGGGGCUCUUCGCUUACUGGGUUUAGAAGAAUUCUUUACCCUGUAUAUGAAAACGGAUUCAGUCAACCAGUGGGAUGGAAUAAAAAUAUUAAAUACAAUGGUUAUAAAUUGCCCAGUUCAAGACUCGUGUCCACCACUAUUAUAACAACGAAAAAAAUUACCGAAGACGUCCAGAUCACACACAUGGUAAUGCAGUGGGGCCAAUGGUUGGAUCACGACUUAGAUCAUUCUCUGCCAUCUGUGAGUUCCCAGACAUGGGAUGGCGUCGAUUGCAAAAAAACAUGUGACUAUGCAGCACCAUGCUUCCCAAUUGACGUACCAGAAGGCGAUCCACGUAUAACAAACCGUCGAUGCAUUGAUUUCAUUAGAACAAGUUCAGUUUGUGGUUCAGGAAUGACGUCUGUGCUUUUCGGAAAACUGCAACCUCGGGAGCAAAUAAAUCAACUUACUUCAUAUAUUGACGCUUCACAAGUGUAUGGAUUUGAAAAAGCAGUAGCCGAUGAUCUGCGAGACUACUCCAACGAUACUGGAUUAUUGCGUGUAGGAGCUACUUUCCCAGGAAAAAAACCCUUAUUGCCUACAAUUGGAUUGAAUAGCAUGGACUGUAAGCGCAAUCUGGAAGAAAGUAAUCGCAAUUGCUUUGUCGCAGGAGAUGUGAGAGCCAAUGAACAAAUUGGUCUUGCUGCUAUGCAUACAAUUUGGAUGCGCGAACAUAAUAGAGUCGCUACACAAUUAAAAACUGUUAACCCCUUCUGGGAUGGCGAUAAGGUUUACCAAGAAGCGCGCAAAGUGGUUGGUUCCGAAAUACAACAUAUCACUUAUCAACACUGGUUGCCUUUGAUUCUUGGCCCCGAAGGAUAUAAACAAAUUGGCGAAUAUAAAGGAUAUGACCCUAAGAUAAAUCCAUCCGUUUCUAACGUUUUUGCUACCGCAGCUCUAAGAUUCGGUCAUUCCUUAAUUAAUCCUAUACUCCAUCGCUACGACGAAAACUUUGAACCGAUCCCCCAAGGCCACUUACUCUUACGUAAUGCUUUCUUUUCACCUUGGAGACUUGUCGAUGAGGGUGGAGUAGAUCCGUUGUUGAGGGGAAUGUUUACAACACCAGCGAAACUGAAAACGCCUACCCAAAAUUUGAAUUCGGAACUAACAGAACAACUGUUUCAUACUGCCCAUGCCGUGGCUUUAGACCUUGCUGCGAUCAACAUUCAUAGAGGACGUGACCACGCCUUGCCACCAUAUACUAAAUGGCGAGAUUUCUGCAAUAUGUCCGAAGUUAACGAUUUUGACGAUUUGGCCGGCGAAAUAUCAAGCAAAAAUGUUAGAGAUAAGCUGAAAGAACUUUACGGCUCGGUUCACAACAUUGACGUAUGGGUGGGAGGUAUAUUGGAAGACCAAGUAGAAGGAGGAAAAAUCGGACCACUGUUUAGUUGCAUUUUGAUCGAACAAUUCAAACGUCUUAGGGAUGGCGACAGGUUUUGGUACGAAAAUCCUACUACUUUUAAGAAGGAACAAUUAGCACAAAUCAAAGAAACUAGUCUGGCGAGAAUACUAUGCGAUAACGGUGAUAAUAUUGACACUAUCGGUGAAAAUGUGUUCCUGCUCCCGGAAGUUCAGGAUGGGCUUAUGUCAUGCGACGAUAUACCAUCUAUAGAUUUACGUUAUUGGGCUGACUGUGAUAGUUGCGGCGAUGAUGAUGAAGUUAAAAAAAGUCGAUUCCGCAGAGACGCUCCACCGGAUCACGAAAUUUACACCCAUCUCGAUGAUUAUGAGGAUCGUGUAAAACACCUCGAAGAUCUUCAACGGAAAAUGAUCAAAGUUAUAAAUGGAUUAAAACACCGAGUUAAAUAUUUAGAGGAAACCUAUGGCGGCAAGUAACUCUACCAAUUCAACAAUUUUAAAUUAAGAUAAAUUGUUCAUUCAAAAUGACUUGGCAACGUUUAAGGACUUAUUAAUGUUACUCAUUAGGUAUAUAACCAUUAUGUAUUCCCCAUAUAUAAUCUUAAUUAUAGUACGUAAGUUCUUUUCUAUGCGGUCCAAUUGUACAAGAAUUUAUUUUUACUCUUUUAUAUCCUCUUCCAUAUAUUUUCAUCUUUCCCCCACGACUGCUUCUUUCAGGGUGUCUAUCUCUAUGUCUAUGUUUAAUCCUAGUAUAAGAUUAUAUAAUAAUUUGUAUUAGCUAAUCAAAGAUUUCUAGUCUUAACGAUUUAUAGUCUGUAAAAUAAUCGUUAGUACAAUAGGAUUAAGGUUAGUACUUCAAUUUCAUUAUAUCUAUGUAUGCUUAAUUCUAUGUUAAAUGCUAAUUUCUCUAUAAAUAAUGAAUGUUGUGGUAGUGAUUUGGUUUUAUAAAAUACUUUUUGCUGAUGUAGCCUCCUUUUCUAAUGCCGGUGUUGACUGCUGUAUUGCAGUAUUAUGAUGUUAUUUUGCAAUGUAUUAUUUGAAAGUUAUAUAGUGUAUGAUUUUGGUCUGAAUUAAUUUUAAAAAUGUAUUGAUGAAAAACGCGAUCAGGUUCCGUCCUAACUCAUAUUAAAUAUUCUGCAUCUUCGGAUGAGGCGUAAAGCCAUAGAAACUCUUUGUCUAUGUAAUUCAUAUUGUAAGUUGCACCAUCACUAUCAUAAAUCCUUGCACAUGUUUACUCCUGUAAUAUAAAUAGCUGUAUCUAUCAAUAUCCUUAAUUAGGUCAUCAUUGUAAUCAUUCAUUGGGUUAAAUAGUAAAAAAAAAAUUAAAAAAAUACAAAAAAAUGUAGUUUAUAGUAGUUCUGAAAAAAAAAUAGGAUUUAAGCGAUCAACGUUCAGAGUCACCUUAAGUAAUGCAUUUGUAGAUUAGACCUGACUGCUUAUUGAUGUCGUAUGUAACAUUAGUAAAGCAGUUAAUGAACAAUAUUGAGGAUUUUGAGCAACUUAUGUUAAAGAUAAUUCUUUAACUCAAGCUAAUAAAGAACUCUAAUUGUCCCUCAAAAUCUCAAUGAACUUGGCAACAACAAAACUCAACCGAAGACCAUUUUCUCCAAAUCGAUAUUAUCAAAAUAUCAAAAAUAGAGGGUGUCUUAAAAAUGUUUCUCGGAACUUUUAUUAAUCCUAUUUUUCUGUACCAAACUUAAAAUCGUCUGAAUAAUUUCAAUUCAAAAAUCACAAAUAAUUUUAUGAAAAGUUAACACAUCUGGUGACCCGGGUCUUUUUUUCUAAACUACCACAACUCCGAAUCUUUUUUAAAACGUAAUCUCAUAUCGGGACUAUUCUCAAAUAACGACAAAAAACACAAGACGUAGGGAAUAGGAGAAAUUUAGUGUCAUUUCAACUGUUUUUGAUUAGAAUAGGUGCAAUAUCUGGAUUGCAUAACGACUAUAAUAUUAGUAGCAAGUAAUUUAUCAUAAUUCCAUAACUGUUUAAUUCGAUUUCAUUACUAGUUAUAUAUUCAUUGUAUUCAAUAUAAGCUUUAGGAUAAGUCGCAAACUAAAUAUAAAUCGGCUAAUUCUUAAACAUUUAUACGGUAUUAUCAUCUACUAGUUUCGAGCCCAGUGGGGCCCUUGUUUAGGGUCAGUGAGACUGGUAUUAGGUUGCUGUCGCGUCCCGUCUCUCACUGAAGAAUAGCCCCCGAUAGACUCGAAACUUACCGGUGUCGAUACUGGAUAAAAUAGUGAGUGUUAGUUGUUUCAUAUUUAGUUUUUAAUUAUGUGUACGAAUACUUAAAUAAUGUAAUUGUCUCAGUCAAUAUAAGUAAGAGUGGGUUUCCACUAGUAGUGUGUGUUGAGACUUGUACGAAAAUAUGAUGUUAUCCCCUUUUCCAUCCCAUCCCGCUUCGCUUUGCUCUCAUUUUCUUCGAAAAAUAUGCAGAUAACAAUAUACUUUUGUACAGGUUUCGGCAGUGGAAAGAUAGGUUAAUAAAUACGCAUAUGUUCUGUCUGUUCUUAUAAUAAGAUUUGGCAGCUUGGGAGUGUGUUCACGUUUUAAAACUUGUUUAAAAAGACCGUUUUGUCAAGAUUCAGUCAUCACUUGUAGUCACUAACUUUCAAUGCAACCUUUAAGGGUAUAUCUACCCUACCUCUACGUAAACAAAUAGAACGAGAGGUACAAUAGUUGCUAAUAAGGGUUUUCGCUAUUAAACAUGAUUGUCAGUUCAUAUGUGACCCCACCGAGGGGUUCGAAAAAACCCUAAUUUUGGGGUGACUAAUAAGGGGUAAUGUUUAAUAAAAUAUUGAAGUUUGAUAGUAAAUUAUACCACUAAAAAGAAAUCAAUCACUAACUAUGUAAUAAAUCAAUUUGAUUCUCGUAUUACGCACUUCCAAACUGCCUUUUAGCAUAAUAGUUUAUUCGUAAAAGCUUAAAUAGUAUAAUAUGUUUAAUUAGAUUUAAGUAUUUAGUAGCAAUAGUCGUAUAUGUCACAAUGUAACACGUUUGAUUUUAACAACACAAUCGUAUCACAGUUCAAACACGUUUGCCUCAUCUACAUGUGAUUUUAAAAACUCAAACUUACACAAGACAAGAACAAUUGUAAUUCAUAACAUUGCAAACACGAUAACAACAUGAAAAUAUGAAUACACUAAAGAUCUUAAUACGACAAAAUCAGUUCCAACAACACAACAAAGCUGUUAAAAUCGACCAGUUAUUUUGUGACAGCAGUAAAUUUAAUUAUUAAUGUUUAACUAUUAGAUAUUCAUGUUUAAGUCAUAUAAAUAAGUCAACGUUUGUCAGCAAUGGAUUAGUUCAGUGUAAUUUUGGAAGCGGUACAGUCGAGACGCCUUGAUGAUUUUUUUUUAAAAAACCAUCCACUAAUGCAAUGGCGAUAAAAUAACUGGAAGUGUUGAUCUCCUUUUCAUUAUCUACUCAAGUUAGAGGGUCGUGAAAUAAUCUACACGAUAAAGUCGGCCGCGACAUGAAAAGAGUAUUGGGUCGUGUAAGAGGGUGGCGAAAUAAGUCUAACUAAAUCAGUGCUGACGAACACUAUUAAUCUAAUCUAAUCUUCGAUGGCUUUGUUCUUAAGAUAGUUUAACCUGACUUUAGGAUACUUAUCCUACCUAUUAAGUCUAGUAAUAAAACGGUACACAUAAUCCAAAUAAAUAUGUAAGAAUGUUAGGUAUUUCAUUAAUUUCCAAUUAUUAUUUUUUUUUUAAUUUUUAUUGCAU